CUCUGCUCCCAUGGCCCGCUGCUGAACAGCACCACCUGGCGGACACUAGGGGGAACCGCAACAGCCACUCGACAUGAACCUUCAGCACUGAAAUUGGAAAAAAGAAGAAAAGAUGAACCAAAGUAUUUUAAACUCAGCUUCAGAGUAUUACUGGGCAGAGUGUCUGACUUAUGAUGAUGGACCUUCGACAGGCCUCAUCAUCCUCUUCAUCACCUACGGGUUUGAAUUCCUUGUCGGUGCCCCUUCAAACAUCUGGCUUGUCUGCCAAAUCCACAAACAAAGGUCAGAGGCUGCCGGUGUCCUCCCUGCGGACUUCUUCCCCCUCCAUAUGGCACUCACCCAGCUUGCCUUCUUCUUGACCCUGCCUGUGCUCUUGACCAAUCACAUUCUGUGGCAGAGUCAAAGAAUGUUAAAUGUGUUCACCCUCAUGAACUCAAUGGUAAUGACUUUAAAGCCUCUACUCCACUGUCUGGUGUGUGUGGACUGGUACAUGGCUGUGGUACGACCCACUGAAUAUCUACGGUUCAAGGGGAAUCAGCAUAGAUAUGGAUGUAUGGUUGCCGUAUGGUCCAUUUAUAUCCUCAUGGCUUCAAUCGCAACAUUAAAGCGCUCUCCCAUCACAGCGUGCACAGUGUUCCUCCCUGUUCUAGCCAUUGACACCUUCUGCAGUCUGUCUGUUCUCAAAACUCUAAGAAAAGCUCCGCCCGGGGACAAAAAGAUGAUGGAGCAGGGGAAGAAGAAGCAAGGGGAGGGGAAUGUGAAGACUGAUACAAAUGGGAGUCCAGGUGUCAGCAUCGAGGAGGGGAAACAAGCAAGCAACAGCGACAGCAGGAGGGAAGGAAGGAAAGAAAAGGGGGUGAAGCCAAGGGUAAAAGGAAAGAUGAAUUCCAUGAAAAGGAGAGCAUUCAACACCAUUGUUAUUAUCCAGGGGGUCCUCACACUCAACUACCUCCCCUUCAUCAUCACCCUUGGCAUGGAUGGAAAAGUCCCAGCUCAUAGACUCAAGUGUCAGUAUGUUGCCUUGGCUUUAGCUGCUGCUAUGAGCUGUAGCUACCUGAAUCCUCUGCUCUAUCUACACAGACUGGGCAGGCUCAAUGAGCUCAAAAAACUAGUCAUCCAACAUCUGUACCAUUCAUCUGUCUUGGCAUGAUUGAAAAACAUUUGAAAUAAAUGUAUCUGAGUCAUA